CAUGCUUUGAGACCAGGGGGAUCUUGAUGCUCUGAAAUGAAGAUGGAGGCAGUGGCAAAAACAGAAGAACUUGUUGGUUCAGAAGUUCCACCAAAGACUUCUGAAAAUCAAGAGACUGCUCCUGAUGAAGACGGACCUAUAGAACUUGAGACACAAAAUCAGAAGGACAACAUGCCCACUGCAGCAGACUCUGCAGUGCUCUCUUCAAUGCCUUGCUUACUGAUGGAACUGAGGCGAGACUCCUCAGAAUCUCAGUUAGCAUCUACAGAGAGUGAUAAGCCAACAGGUGGUCGAGUUUAUGAGAGUGACUCUUCUAAUCAUUGCAUGCUUUCACCUUCAUCCAGUGGGCAUUUGGCUGACUCGGAUACGUUGUCUUCCACGGAAGAGAAUGAGCCCUGUCAAGCUGAAGCUGCUGUAGAGGGAGACCCUUCUGCAGUGUCUGGGGCUACAGUUGGGAGGAAAUCCAGGCGAUCCAGGUCCGAAAGUGAUACUUCAACAAUGGCUGCCAAGAAAAACCGACAGUCUAGUGAUAAGCAGAAUAGUCGAGUUACCAAGGUAAAAGGUCAUCGAAGCCAAAAGCACAAAGAAAGAAUCCGGCUCUUAAGACAGAAACGGGAGGCAGCUGCUCGCAAGAAGUAUAACCUGCUGCAGGACAGCAGUACCAGUGAUAGUGACCUGACGUGUGACUCAAGCAUGAGUUCAUCAGAUGAUGAUGAAGAGGUUUCAGGGAGCAGCAAGACAAUCACUGCAGAGAUACCAGAUGGACCUCCAGUUGUAGCUCAUUAUGAUAUAUCAGACACAAAUUCAGACCCAGAAGUGGUAAAUGUGGACAAUCUGUUGGCGGCUGCAGUAGUUCAAGAGCACAAUAAUUCUUUAGGAAAUCAAGACUCAGCAUCUACCUGGAGAACCAGAGGGUUGCUAGAUAAACUGAAUGCUGAUGCAGGUCAUUUGGAUCCAGGCUUCAUUGUGAGUGACAAAACCUGUUCUGGUAAUGCCCAGAUCACUGAAGAAAUUAAUAUCACCUCUUCUGAUAGUGAAGUAGAGAUUGUUGGAGUUCAAGAACGUGCCAGGUGUGUGCAUCCCAGGGGAGGUGUGAUUCAGAGUGUGUCUUCCUGGAAGCAUGGCUCAGGCUCACAGUACAUUAACACUCAGCAAACACAAUCAUGGACAGCUGUGACUCCCCAGCAGAAUUGGUCUUCACCCCCGGAAGUAGUAGACCUCACUUUGGAUGAGGAUACCAGAAGCAAAUAUCUACUGUAA